GACCAAGUACACAGUACUACCACCAGAGGGUGCUGCAUCCCUCCCGUGACAUAAUCCAAGAUUGCGGUCUGGGGUGGGGGAAAUGGUGGGAACCAAUAGGGACCCUCAAUCCAGUCACGUUUUUGACUUCAGCCAGUAGGAUGGCGGUAUCUGGUAAUGUCAGCAGCUCUGGGACCUCAGUCUUGCUCAGUCAGCCAGCCAGCAGCAGCAGCAGCAGCAGAAGAAGAAGAAGAAGAACCAUGAAGCGUCAACAGCAGUCGCAAUCCAACACAGCCCUGCAGAACAGGAAGAAACGGAAAACAAUAUCCGUCGACGCGUCCAAGCCUGCAGGCUCGAGAGCCAACAUGCCAAUCUCUGCCGCGUCCAGACCUGUUGCAACCUCAGCUGCCAUGUUGUCAAGACCUGCACCGAUGUCUGGACCUGCGGCAGCAGCAACCUCCAUGUCUCAACCUGUAACGACCACGUGGGAUCCUGUAACGCACAUAGCCCACUUGCUGGAGCAGGACAAGGAACUGUAGUUGUCUUUCCCACUCAUCGAUUUGUGUGAUGAUCUGCUCCCAACACAUCAAAUGCUGCUGGUGGUCCUAAACAACAGCAAGAUGAAGGACAGUACUGGUCACCAACAUAUGAUCCAUCCCAGCAGAACAUCCCUGUGCUAGUGCAGCCACAGAGUGCAGAUGCUGUGGAUAAGGAGGCAUCAAGUGUACUCAUAUUUUUCGGUUCCAUAUAGAAUUUAACUCCCAGUGGAAUGAAAUGUGUAAACGUUGGUAUAGAAGCACAUCAG